AUGCUCCUCUCGCGCCUCCGAAACACCGCGGCAGCGGCGCUGGUCCUGCGGACGAACGCUUCCACGCCGGUUUCGCCUCUCGCGUUUUCUUCUCCGCUUAAGCAGACCUUGGGAAAAACCAGCGUGUGUCCCCUCUUGGGGGCGAGUCCUGCCCCGGCCUCCUUCCUCAGUGGAGCCGCCGGCGCUGUCGUGGCCAGAGCCCAGGCGAAAACGGAUUGCCGGUUCCUGGGCGGAGCUGCAGCCCAGGCAGCCGCGACCAGGAAGCUCUUUGGCAGGGUCGACGCGAUUUUCCGACGGAACUGCAGCUUCCGCAGUCUGAGCACCAGCAGUCGAAGCCUAUGCGGCGGGCUCUCGGAGGCCGAGGCGGGGGCGGCCGUCGAAGCCGCGCUCGACGCCCUCGCCCUGAAGAUCGAAGACGCGGCGGGGCCCAAACGCGAGCUUCUGAAGGAACUGCGGAAGGAGCAUGGCAACUUUGUCGUCAGCGAGGCCACGCUGAAUAGCGUGUGUGGCGGGAUGCGGGGUCUGACCGCCCUCUUGACUGAGACCUCGACUCUCGAUGCAGAGAAAGGCAUUCUGUACCGUGGACUGAGCAUCAACGAAUGCCUCGCGAAGCUGCCGCGCCUCGACAAGGAAGAAUACCCCGCAGUCGAGGGCCUCAUCUGGCUCCUCAUGACAGGCUCGAUUCCUAGCGUGCAGGAGGUCCAGUUGCUGUCGACGGCGCUCUACGCCCUCUCGCUGUCUUCGGCGUCGUCCGCGCCUUCCCCCUUUAUUCCGCCUCACGUUGGGAAGGUUCUGGAUGCGGUGCCUCCGAGCACGCAUCCGAUGACGCAGCUGGUCAUGGGCGCGGCGGCGCUUCAGUCCACGUCGCAGCUCGCUGAGGCGUACAGACACAAGACAGUCACCCGGCACGAUUUGUGGAAGCCUGCGCUCGCCGACGCGCUUUCACUCAUUGCAAAAAACGCUGUUGUCGCCGCCCGCAUCUUCCGACGCUCGUUUCGCGAUGGCGAAGAAAUCGAUCCUCAGCGGAACCUGGACUGGGCAGCCAACUUUGGACACAUGAUGGGCUACGACUCCGAGAAACACUGCGAGCUCUUCCGCCUGUACCUCUUCCUCCAUGCCGACCACGAGGGCGGAAACGUUUCUGCCCAUACAGCCCACGUCGUCGGCUCGGCGCUCUCCGACCCCUUCCUCGCCUUCUCUGCAGGCAUGGCUGGUCUCGCAGGCCCCUUGCACGGCUUGGCGAACCAGGAGUGCUUGAACUGGCUCCGCGACGUGCACAAGAAACUGGGCGGAGCAGCGCCGACCCGGGAGAACGUCAAGGCGAUCGCAGAAGACACGCUGGCCAGCGGACGGGUUAUUCCAGGUUACGGGCAUGCAGUUCUGAGAGUCACAGACCCCAGAUUCACGGCGCAGAGGGAGUUUGCUCUGAAACACCUGAAGGACGAUGAGUUGUUCAAGCUCCUCGACGUAGCGUACAACACGAUCCCCGACAUCCUUCUUGCCACAGGGAAAGUGAAGAACCCGUAUCCUAACGUCGACUGCCACAGCGGAGUGCUUCUCCAGCAUUUUGGAAUCACCGAGUCCGACUUUUACACGGUCCUCUUUGGUGUGUCCAGAGCAAUCGGCAUUGCCUCGCAGUAUGUGUGGUCCCGCGUGCUGGGUCUGCCGAUUGAGCGCCCCAAGUCGACGACUCUGGAGCGCCUGAAGGCUGCGUGCUUGAAGAAGAAAGGAAACUAA